CUCCACUUUUCCAAAGAAAGGAAAAGCACAACAAACACCCCCGUCACUGCCUGCGGUCGGCAAGGCACACGCACACGAUGCCCAGUAUCGCGGACAGUAUCAACAGCAUCAAAGAUCAACUGCGCGAUCAGGACUUUGCGCGGCAAUCGCAUGAACAGACGCAGCGCGAGCACGAGCGCAUUUUGGAUGAAUAUGAUCGUAUGACGAGGAAGCGAUCGACGAGGAUACGUGAGGAAAGAGAUGGCUCUAGAAAAAGCGGAGGGGAGAGGAGAAGGUCGAGGUCACCGUCAUCUAUGCGGUUUCGAUUCAAAGAUGGGAAAGGGAGUGAUGGGCGCAAGCGCAAGAGCAAGAGCAAGAGUAGACAUCGAUCACACAGACACAGUCACAGACACGGACACACCGGCCCAGAGGACCAGGAGAGCAAUGCCAGAAAACACACAGCAUCAACUUCCCCCCUCCACGACUCCAACAAAGCAACAUCUCCAAAAGACACCGACACGGCAUUCCGAGAAUCUCUUUUUGACGCCAUGGCCGACGACGAAGGAGCAGCCUACUGGCAAGCCAUCUACGGCGACUCCAUACACUCGUACCCCCGCCCCACCAUCCAAACCCCACACGGCCAUCUCGAGGAAAUGUCAGACGACCAAUACGUCUGCUACGUAAAAACAAAAAUGUGGGAAAAGAAAAACCCCGAGUUGCUUAGGGAAAAACUUUCUCGUGAAGAACAAGGAGAGAGAGCAAAGAGGCGUCAUGGUGGUGAGGAACAUGACGAUGAUGAAUAUGAAGAAGAUUUCGAAUGGGUGGGGAAUGCGGAAAAGGGAUAUGAGAAGAGAUCAACGAGAUCGCGUCGUAUACCUCGCCCACAAGAAACAAGAGAGUCUCGUCAUGAUGCAGCCUUUGUCUCUGAUGUCGAUGCCGCGCUGGCCAGAGGUGCUGCUCGAAAACAAUCAAAGAGAUACCACUCAGCCUGGUUUGCAUAUCUCCAACGCUGGGCAGCUCUCAAAUCCUCUCCUCCCUCCACCUCAUCAGAAGCUCUACUCAAGGAAAUCCCCUGGCCGGUUCAAUCUCUCGUCUCUACAGACGUGAAUAAGCAAAACGUGCAAGACUUCUUCACAAAUGCGCCAUUGGACGACCAAGCAAGGAUCAAGACACUCAAAGAUCAAAGUGUAAAUUGGCAUCCUGAUAGAUUUCAACGCAGGUUCGGUGGUGGUGAUGUUGAUGAGGAGACUUUGAAAUUGGCUACUAGUGUCUUUCAAACUAUAUAUGACAUGUGGGAGAGGAUGAGACCUGCGAAAUAGAAGAUGAGAGGAAAAACUAGGGACAUGACGAUACCAUUCUUUUUAGCAGACACUCUUCAAUCAAGACAAACAUUGCUCUCGUG